UGGAACAAAAAUCUGUGUUCAGUCCAAUUUGUUAAACAAAGUGAUUUUUUGCGCUAUUCAUCAUCAUUGAGUCAUUCCCCGAUGUUUUGACUUCGCAGAUUUAUGCGUAAGGGUUGAAAUAAACCAGCAACCAGGGUGUCAAAGCCUGUUAGUUGGCCAAAAUGUGUAUCUGUCUUGUUAAAACUUGAGGGAACUCCAAAAUUUCCACAUAAUGUCAAAUAUGAGGAGAAGUCGUGAGUCACUUUCAAUAUCGCAGAUAAACUGUGCAGACGAAAUAGCCAGUGGCCAGAAUGCUGGGGACAAGAAGAAAGAAAAAAUGGGCAUUUUCAGGAAGUUACGAAGACGUCUGCAGUCAAACUUUAAUAGAAAGACGAUAGAUGGUGAAAAAUCACAGAAUUGUGUGAAAGACAAAUCACCACACAAAAAGCCAAAGCAGAAUAAUAAGUGCAGAAUUAACCUGUGUUCAAAACCAUCAAAUUCAAAUUCAUCACAAAGUGCUGAAAGUCUUGAUCUUAAUGUAUUGCAACGUAAACUUGCAGAUGAAAACAUGUGGCAAAAUAAAGAUGGUGCUAAUGGAAAGGAAAAGGCUAGCUGCAAAUCGAAGGAUAUUUCAGCAUUUCAACCAUCAAAUACAUUAUGUGCUUGUGGCAUGUCAUCUGAUUCUCGAGAUUCCAGAAAAAUCACUAAUAUGUCACCAAGUAUUAUGACAUCCAAUCGUUUCGAAAUUACAGCAUUGUGCCAUCCAGUGUCAAAUGGUGUUACUAUGAACCAGCGUGGUGGUUCUAAUGUACAUUUUCAUGGAUAUGCGCAACCCGUUGUGUUAGAUGGUGCUUUAACUGCAGAAGGACCCAAAACUUGGAGUCUUACGCAUGAACUUUUCAGAUUGUCAAAAUUUGGCUGGUAUUGGGGUCCAAUCACUCGACGAGAAGCAGAGAGAAAGCUGAAUGGACAGCCGGAUGGUGCUUUUCUUGUGCGAGACAGCUCAGACGAACGUUACUUAUUAAGUCUUAGUUUUAGAUCUUAUGGCAAAACCUUGCACACAAGAAUUGAACAUUGCAAUGGGAAAUUUAUAUUUGACGCUCAACCAGACACUGAGGGAUAUCCAUCAAUAGUGGAUCUGAUCGAAAACUCAAUGAAUGACCCUCAGACUGGCAUUUGUAGUUAUUCUCGAAGAGGGUCACCAAGCCCUCCCAUUUACCCUGUUAGACUUACCAAACCAGUGUCUCGAUUUACCCAAGUGCGAUCUUUACAAUAUAUGUGUAGAUUUGUUAUUAGACAGUACACUCGAUAUGAUCAUAUUCAACAGCUGCCUUUGCCAAAAAAAUUGAAGGGUUGGAUUGGAGAGAAUCAAUACUAGGAUAACAGUUCCUACGCAUGAGGCUUUUCUGUUGCCAUUAAUUGAAAAUGAUUUUAAAAUUUAUUCCAAAUAACGUAUGUGUACAUGUAUGUAAUUCUGGCCUAAUUAAAGUCAGUUGAUUUUUUUCAUGCCUCGACCAGUACGUAAAAAUUAUAUUUCCUACAUGCAGUAUGAUGAUGUUAUUUGAAGUCUUCUCAGCAUGUUAAAUAAUCUUAUAACAUAUUCAUCUUUAAAUAUUACUGGUAGUAAAAGUAUAUGAAUGAAAUAGUAUUUUUAUACCCUUUUAAAUUAAAGGUAAACUAAAGUACAUUUGUGUACCUAGUAUUUAAACAUUAGAUUCUAUACAUACAAUAUGAUAUUAAUAGAAUUCUUUAACUUUUUCCAUGUACAUUCAUUAAUUUUCAAAGGCAAAUUUUGAUCCUCGUUUGAUUUAUUGAAGUAGUUGUUUUCUAUCACAUGAUUGUUAAUUUCUUUGCAUGUGUGUGCAAUAAGUUUUAUUUUAUUUUGUAGAGUACAUCUCUAUAUUUUAUUUCUAAAUAGUUUGUUUUUAUAAAGAAUCAAGGAUUCAUUAUGUUGUUAUCAGUGAUUCAUUUUGGCUCUGCAUCCAGAUGUUCAAAUUCAAUGUUUUUCCUGAGGGUUCAUUAUUCCUUCUGCAUCCAGAAUAAGCACUGUUUUUAAAGCAUUAUGCAAACAGAGUAAUUAUAGGGACAUUCAGACUUUUGCUCAGGAUCCAUGGUUGUGAAAUAAGUGAGUUCUGAGGGAUGCAAUCGAGCAGAUUUGAAAAUGAAUCGUUGUUGUUGUUAUAUGUGCCAUAGGUUUUAUUAUGUAAUAUAUAAAGUAAAUUAUGAAAAUGUAAUACACCAUCUAGCAUUUUCUGUAUUUUUAGUUUGUCUGUUUUUCAUAGAAAAGCAAGUUGAGGUAUUAAGGGAUUUCUUAAAAUAGUUAAAGGAGGGUGCUUCACCUGUUUGUUUUUCAAUGCUCUCUUCUUUCCUCAUGGAGACCAGUAUUGGCACCCUUCUGUUUUUUAUGAAUCAAAAUGAUUGUUAAUAGAGUGUUUAUUUUGUUUUGAGAAAAAUCCUUGUGUUUGCUUAUAGAAACAUACAAAGUUUAUAUAUUUGACAUUUGAAACCUGAAUUUAACACAAUCCCAAACAUUUUCUGAUAGACCAUUUUCUCCCCUAGCACCCUGUUCAUACCUUUUCUGCAGCACCCUACCUAUUUUAAAACAUGGCUAUCUCUAGGUAUUGUAAUGGCCUUGUAGUUGUCAUCAUUGGCCUCACUGCAUGGCUGGGAAACACAUGAAAAUUGUGAUAUUUCUGUCUUGACCAAAGAAUGAAUAUUGAAUAUCACAUCGAAUUUGCAGCCUAUGAAAUCGUUCCUUCCAUUUUUUCGAUACAUUUUCUGUAAUCAUUUUGGAAAAAACUGUUGUAUAAUACCUACAUAAGUUUCGACCUAUUUACUCUUUUUUUCUUAUAGGAUAAAAAGAGUGUUUAGUAGAUUACUGUAAGAGGAUAUCACAACAUAAAUGUCUGAUUUGUCGCUUUUGAAUAUAAGAUAAUUCAUUUAACUUAAAGACUGAUUGAAAUUGUGACCAUAAAAGUAAUAUUGACAAGGUUUUGCUAUUUUGAACUUCCAAGCUUUCAACUUUGAAAGUUUUAUACAAAAUUAUUGAAGUUUCUGUACCUGAAGGAAUUGAUUUUGGAAGUUUUAGGCAGAAUCUCAAGAUUUGAAAAAUCACAUAAAUUUUUGUUAUGCUUUAUCUUCAGGAAAGAAAUCCUUCCCAGUCACUGUUCUUGUGUAGAAACAUCAAUCUUGGCCAUAAUUAAUAUAAUGCUCAUGUAUUCACAUGAAACUUAGUACACAUGUUGCCACAGAAAAUGUGCACAAAUUUUAUUUUACAAUUUAUGUAACAAAAUGGAUAACUCUGGGUCUUAAUAACUGUCUUGUUAUGCCCCUUUCUGACUGAAAUAAAACAGAUGAGCAUUUGUUUCAGCUUGUGGUACACUUGUUUAAUAUUUGUAUUCUAACUUGUUGUCUGUACUGUGCAAAAUUUUACUUGUUUGUAAAAGAUUCUUUUUUCAUGCAGGAGCAAAUUUGUAGCUGAAUGUCUGUAAGCCCAGGGUUUUCCCAUCAUAUUCUUUGUAUCAUGUGUGAUCAAAUUUCAAUUGGCAAUGCAUUCUACAAUGGUUUGCCAAAAUACUGAGCUACACUUUAUGAGGUUGAAUCUGCAUUGAACCAAUUAGUCAACAAUUUAUAUCAAUGCCAAUUUUAUUGGCACAAAUGUUCUCAGCUUUGAGAGAUUUUACAGAGCAAACAAUUAUGGUCUAGCCACAUUACUGAAAGGUCAAGAUCACAAUGGUCAAGGUCACAAUAAGGGUCAAAGGUCAUAAAGCUACUUUUGUGUAUGAUCUUAAUCCAUGUCAGUUAAUAAAUUUGUUCAUGAUUCCUUGCACACAUGUUCAUCAAUCAGCACAUAGUGCAGAAAACACGUUCCAGCCAUGUACAAUGCAUCAUCAAGGUCAAGGUCAUGCUUUGGUUUCAAAUGUCAGAUAGCCAUUUUUUGUUGUUACUCCUUGAAUUGUCCAAGUUCUUGAAAGAGUGCAAAACCAUGUAUUGCUCUUGGUUUUACCUAACCAAAAUAUUUACAAUGUGGUACAUAUAUUGGUAAAUUGAAUUCUGUGUCAAAAGUAAUCUUUUUCCACUCACAGUCACCUCCACCCUCACACUUUUGGGAUCAUUCAUCAUACAUGGUUUUUAAUAAUAGCCAAUGUUUUAAUCUGUACAGAUUGAAUGAGCUUCUUGGCCUUAUUUAAAUAUUUUGAAUACAACCUUCACACUGCCAGCAUUUUACAGCUUUUCGAUGUGGCUUAGUUAUUGUAUAAGUUGAUAAUGUAAGCUUUUCGGAUCAUUAUUUUUGAAAAAAAGAGGGUUUCAUGUUACCGGUACUUGUUUUGUUGAUGCCAGUACACAGAUUUUGUUAUCAACAGUUCCAGUACGAUUUUAUGGUCAUUAGUACAUACCUAACAAAUCUUAACAUAUAUUGUAUUUUCUUAUCACUGCCAAGGAAUUGAAACAUGUGUCCUAAACUAAGAGAUUCAAACAUAACCGAGUGAGUGUGGUGUAUUGGUUAAGGUGUCCAUCAUUUACCCAAGAGGUAAAAUGGACACCAGUACUGGUUUCUACCAAGGAAAUCAACUUUAUUCAUUAUUUGAAUCAACUUAUAGCUGUCUGUUUUCACAAUUGCGUUGAAAUUAGUUUGUAUAAACUGAACAUAUAUAAUUGUUUAGUUUCAAAAUUGAAAUGUUUAAUUAACGAAUAUCACACAUAAUUUUCAAAAAGCCUAUCUUGCUAUUUGUUAAAUUCAAAUGCAGCUGAAGAAUAUUUUGUAUUUUUACAAUCGUAUAUUACUCAAAAAAAUUAUUCUGAAUUUGUUUUAAAAUAUACGAAGCAGUGUACAUGAAGUUUAUGUAGAGUUUUAUUUUGAAACUAUGUCUAAUUUAUUAGUUAUUUUGACUGUUUAUCGAUGAUGUUAAAAUGUAUGUGGAUUUACUUUGAAACUGUUGAUGAAUACAAUUGAUGAUAAUGCA